AUGAUUGCGCGCGCCCGCCUUGCGGCACUUUGGCGGCCAUCAGCACCACUAGCACAGCGAUACAUGUCGACCCGCUCUCCCCCUCCCGCAUCAAUCUAUUCCCCGCCCCACACCCUUCCCCCUCCACCCUCGGCCUCAGUUGGAGAACCUCCCCGCCCAGCCGAGGAAGAUCUCCUCGAACUCGGUCUCACACCUGGCCAUUUCGGGCCGCGACCCGAAGACAUCCCGCCCAUCUCGGAGCGGCUACGUCCCCUCAUCCCCUUUAUUUUGGUUUGGACGUUGCUCACCUCGCUCCUAAUGCACCGCUGGCGCGUCCGGAAGCAGGGCGAAGCUGAUCGCGAUCGAUCCGAGGCACAGGAGAGCGUCCUCCGCGGUCUGAUUGCGCGGUUUGUUGAGGGCCAAGUAGUUGAGGAUCUCGAGAUUCGGCGCGAGCUUGAGAUGGUCGGCCUGCGUCCUCGAACCGCUGCGAGCGCGGGGUUGCAGGUUGAGGAGAUGCGCGACGUUAGUUGGGUUGAGGUUUUCCGGGGCAGGAAGGAGCAGAGGGAAGCCCGUGAGAAGCAUGCGCAACAAGUCGAGGCAGGUGGAGACGAGGCUGUCGCCGAAGAGUGGAGGAAACUCGUUGCGGAGGCUACGGCCGACGCGCCAGUACCCGAGGCCAGCGACAAGGCCACGGAGAGUGGCGAACGCAGCAAUCAGGGCGUCGUGCGGCGCGCAAAAUCCGCCAGCGUCUACAUGUAG